AUGCUGCAGGGCCGCAGGCUCCAUGGGCCGCCGCGCAGGCCGCCGCGGAUCUCGCGGCCCCCCUCGCCGCCGCUGCUGCAGGGCCGCUGGGUGCGCCACGGGCGCCCUACGCCGCCGCGUGGGCUGCUGCUGCGGGGGGGCGCAGGAGGUGCCGCCGGCGCGGCCCUCGCAGCCUCUGCGGGUGCGACCUCCCCUGCUGUGGUCGCCACUGCCGCUGCCCUUGCCGCCGUCCGCGGGCAGGGCGUGGGCGCGAGCGUGGCCCUUCCGGGCGCCGCGGGCGCUGCCGCCGCGCAUGCCGCGCGCGCCGCCGCGGCUCCUCCCCUGGCUGCCGGGCCCCCUCCUCCCCUGGCCCCGACCGCUGCUUUGCUUCCCGCCCUGGCGCCGCUUGCUGCUCCACUAGCGCUGGCCGCUGGCUUUGUCCUAGGCGCGGGAGCCGCGCCCCCACACGCGCCCUCCUCUGCUACCCCCGCGGACCUCCAUGGACAGGGCGCGAGUGCCUCCGCCGCGGUCGACGACCUGCGCGGCGCCGCCUCGCACCUCAGGGCCUACGAGCGCAUGCAGGAGGUGCUGCAGGACCUCGAGGCCAAGCUCGUAGAGGCCAAGCUCGCUCGGGCGCACGUCGCGCCCGCCGCGCAGGCCGCACGGGCCGCCGCCUACCUCGCCGCUGCGCACGCCGCGCAGGCCGCGUGGGCGCCCGCCGCGCAGGCUGUCGCACCCACCGCACACGCCGCGCAGGCCUCCAUCGCGCCCGCUGUGUAG